AUGUCGCCAGCUUGCGCGAACCGGCCUAGAAUAGUAUUGGUCCCGGGGAACGGUGGGGGUGGAGACAUUCGGCCGGCCAACUUUUAUGGAUGGUUCGAGAGGCAAAUGCUGGACAAGGGGUACGAGGUGCGGCUUCCGGAGGGAGGCAUGCCCGAUCCUGUGAGGGCCCGGAGGUCCAUUUGGCUACCGUAUAUACGAGACACGUUGAAAUGUGACGAGGGUGUGGUAUUGGUUGGGCAUUCUUCGGGAGCAGUUGCGGCAUUGCGUAUAGCAGAGGAGCAGAAGCUGCGAGGUGUGGUAUUGAUUGCUGUCUACGAUGACCCUUUGGGAGAUGACAUGGAGGCGGCUAGUGGGUACUUUGAUGGUCCUUUCGAUUGGUCGGCGAUACAGCAUAACUGUGGCUUCAUUGUCCAAAUUGGUGGUACUGAGGAUACGCUUGUCCCCAUAGACGUACAGAGGCGUGUAGCUGGCAAGCUGCGGCCUAAAGUGGAGUAG